AUGCCACGCAUGGACGCCGCCAACAAGCACGAUGCUGGCGGUAGCGGUGUGCUACGGCCGUCCCAGAUAUGCCACCUCGUCAUUAUAUCUACCGCCUUCUGGGCCUUGGUGUUCUGUUUGCACUCCGGCAUGCAAGGGGGCGGCGGCAUGGUAUCUAAGUUGUUCAAGGCAUCAGCGCUGUCCCAUCCCAAGCUGUCCAGCAGCAUCCCCGUCAGCCGCCGUCGCCCUCCAUCGGAGCAACCGCCGGCGUCGGUGGCGCCGGAGAACCGGUCAGUGGUAGCACCGGCGGCGGAUCAUUGUGCGGGACGGUACAUUUACAUGUACGACCUGCCACCGCGCUUCAACGAGGACCUCGUCCGUGGCUGCCGCAAGCUUUCGCCGUGGACGGACAUGUGCUCGUACCUGGCCAACUGCGGCAUGGGCCAGCCCCUGGGCGACGAGGGAGGCGUCUUCUCCGCCCGCGGCUGGUUCGCCACCGACCAGUUCAUGCUCGACGUCAUCUCCCACUGCCGGAUGAAGCGCUACGAGUGCCUCACCGGCGACUCCUCCCUCACCACCGCCGUGUACGUGCCGUUCUACGCCGCCCUGGACGCCGGGAGGUACUUCUUCAACAGCACGUCGACGCGGGACGCGCUCGCGCUGGACCUCGUCGACUGGCUGGUGCAGCGUCCGGAGUGGCGCGCCAUGGGCGGCCGCGACCACUUCAUGGUGGCCGGGCGGACCUCGUGGGAACUCGAGCGGAAGGCUGAUGUCGACGAGGAAUGGGGCAACAAGCUGCUCAGCUUCCCCGCCAUCCGAAACAUGACGGCGCUCAUCCUGGAGACGAGUCCCUGGAACCGUAGCGGUUUUGGGAACGAGAUGAUGCAGAGCUGGAGCAGCCUCGCGAUACCAUACCCGACGUACUUCCACCCGGAGACGGCCGCCGACGUGGUUGCCUGGCAAGACAAGAUGCGCAAGGCGGAGCGCAAAUGGCUCUUCUCGUUCGCCGGCGCGCCUCGGCCUGGGAGCAAGAAGACCAUCCGCGCGGAGAUCAUCCAGCAGUGCGGCGCGUCAAGCCGCUGCAACCUCUUCGACUGCGGCAGCGGGGCCAGCUGCUACUGGCCGGGCGGCGCCACGCGCGUCUUCGAGGGCUCCGACUUCUGCCUGGAGCCGCGCGGGGACACCCUGACGCGGCGGUCGACGUUCGACGCCAUCCUGGCCGGCUGCAUCCCGGUGUUCUUCCACCCCGGCUCGGCGUACACGCAGUACACGCUGCACUUCCCGAGCGACCCCAACAAGUACUCGGUGCUCAUCAUGCACACCGACGUGACCCGCCGGAACGUCAGCAUCGAGGAGACGCUGAGCAAGAUCUCGCCGGCGGCGGUGAAGGCCAUGCGCGAGGAGGUGAUCCGGCUCAUUCCGAGGGUGGUGUACGCGGACCCGAGAGCAACGCGCGUGGAUUUCAAGGACGCGUUCGAUAUAGCGUUGGAGGCUGUCAUUGAUCGGGUGGCUAAGCGGCGCCGGAGCGCGGCCGCUGGCCAGGAGCACUGA